UUGUGCAUAACCUCCUCACAAAUUACAGCCUCAGCUGCAGCACAUCCAUUAGUCUGGAAGAAUGAAGAUUCCCAAGCGGCCCUGGUGCCUUUCCCAAUUCCCCUGCGACCCACCAAUCCUCUGAGCGCUUUCUCUGCGUGUAGGGAGUGUUCGGAGCUAAUCAGGUCAAUGAUCAUCUCACGGCUCAGGGGACGUGACAGGAGCCUAUCACAGCACUUACAGGAUCCUCCAGACCUGAGCACGCCGGCUGAGAAUCUCCCGUUAAGAAACAUUGCUUUGGUGCCUCUUCUCUCACUCUCCACGAGCCUCUGAGGAUUUCAGCUGAUCUCUCUCUCUCUCUCUCCUCCAGACAGUGAGGAGUUCACUGAAAAAAAGGCAGAGCAGCAUGCGGCUACCCGGAGGGUGUUGAUUGAAACUUAGAUUCUCCCCGAUCGCUGUUGAUUGGACUGAUGCUCCAGCAUUGCCAGGGAAAAGAUUUCAAUUAAGGUCCCUAUAGAUGGAAUUUAUUGCGGCAAAUACCUUGUCAUCAGGAGGAUUAAUGCCUGCAUUAGCAUUUCUGCAAUAAAAUCAGAAGCUAAGUGGUGAAGGCCACAGACACCUCAAACCUGGAUUCCUGUGCUCGGCAUUAAGUGCUGGAGUUUUUAUUACUUGCGGUAGGGAAGCCAUUGCCAAUGCUCACAAGGAACUGCUUAUCCCUCCUUCUCUGGGUCCUGUUCGAUGGAGGUCUCCUAACACCACUGCACCCACAAGCACAAGAGAUUUUGGAAGCACAGCCAAGAGAAAAUGUUGUCCCAGUGCCAGAGAGGAGAUCAUCUGCCCAGCGAGUCAAGCGAGGCUGGGUGUGGAACCAAUUUUUUGUUCUGGAGGAGUACAUGGGCUCUGAACCUCAGUAUGUGGGAAAGCUUCAUUCUGACUUGGACAAGGGAGUGGGCAGUGUUAAAUAUACCCUUUCAGGAGAUGGUGCUGGCACAGUUUUUACCAUUGAUGAGACCACGGGAGACAUUCAUGCCAUAAGGAGCCUAGAUCGAGAAGAAAAACCUUUCUACACACUCCGGGCUCAGGCUGUGGAUGUUGACACCAAGAAACCACUAGAGCCUGAAUCAGAGUUCAUCAUCAAAGUGCAGGACAUUAAUGAUAAUGAGCCAAAGUUUCUGGAUGGGCCUUACGUUGCCAGUGUCCCAGAAAUGUCUCCAGUUGGAGCAUAUGUGCUUCAAGUAAAGGCGACAGAUGCUGAUGAUCCCACUUAUGGAAACAGUGCUAGAGUGGUUUACAGCAUUCUUCAGGGGCAACCAUAUUUCUCCAUUGAUCCCAAGACAGGUGUAAUAAGAACAGCUUUGCCAAACAUGGACAGAGAAGUGAAAGAACAAUAUCAAGUUCUAAUCCAAGCCAAGGACAUGGGAGGACAGCUGGGAGGACUAGCUGGUACUACCACUGUAAACAUUACUCUCACGGAUGUCAACGACAACCCACCCAGAUUUCCUAAGAGUAUCUUCCAUUUAAAAGUACCUGAGACCUCUCACGUUGGUUCUGCUAUUGGACGGAUCAGAGCUGUGGACCCUGAUUUUGGGAAAAAUGCAGAAAUUGAGUACAACAUAGUUCCAGGAGAUGGAGGAAACUUGUUUGACAUCACAACAGAUGAGUACACCCAGGAAGGAGUCAUUAAACUGAAAAAGCCAUUGGACUUUGAAACAAAGAAGGCAUACACCUUUAAAGUGGAGGCCUCCAAUCUCCAUCUUGACCAUCGAUUUCACUCAGUGGGUCCAUUUAAAGAUACUGCCACCGUGAAGAUAAAUGUGUUGGACAUGGAUGAGCCUCCAGUGUUCAGCAAGCCCGUGUACACGAUGGAAGUCUAUGAGGAUACACCUGUGGGGACCAUUAUAGGUGCAGUGACAGCACAAGACCUCGAUGCUGGCAGCAGCUCAGUUAGAUACUUCAUGGAUUGGAAGAAUGAUGUGGACAGCUACUUUACAAUAGAUGCCACUGAAGGAACCAUUGCUACUAAUGAAUUACUGGACAGAGAAAGCACAGCACAAUACAAUUUGUCUAUAAUUGCAAGUAAAGUUAGUAACCCACUAUUAACCAGCAAAGUCAAUGUUAUAAUAAAUGUUCUGGAUGUCAACGAGUUCCCUCCUGAAAUUUCAGUUCCAUAUGAGACAUCUGUAUGUGAAAAUGCCAAGCCAGGACAGGUGAUACAGAUCAUCACUGCAGCAGAUAAAGAUUUGUCACCAGCUGGGCAAAGGUUUUCCUUCAAACUGUCAUCUGAGGCUUCCAACAAACCAAACUUCACAGUCCAUGACUACAGAAACAACACAGCUGGGAUUGAAACCAGGAGAAAUGGCUACAGCAGAAGGCAGCAAGAGCUGUACUUUCUUCCAAUAGUAAUUGAAGACAGCAGUUACCCUGUCCAGAGCAGCACAAACACUCUGACCAUCCGUGUUUGCAGAUGUGAUUCUGAUGGCACCAUCCAGUCCUGCAAUGUGGAAGCAAUCUUCUUACCAGUCGGCCUCAGCACAGGAGCUUUGAUUGCAAUCUUGCUGUGUAUUGUUAUACUUCUAGUUAUUGUAGUACUGUAUGUAGCACUACGGAGGCAGAAGAAGAAAGACACCCUGAUGACCUCUAAAGAAGACAUCAGAGAUAAUGUUAUCCAUUAUGAUGAUGAAGGAGGUGGAGAAGAGGACACCCAGGCUUUUGACAUAGGUGCCCUGAGGAAUCCCAAAGUGAUUGAAGAUAAUAAAAUACGCAGGGACAUAAAACCAGACACCUUGCGUUUUACGCGCCACAGACCACCAGCAGAAGAUAACACAGACAUAAGAGAUUUCAUUAAUCAAAGGCUGCAGGAAAAUGAUGUAGAUCCAUCUGCACCCCCUUAUGACUCCUUGGCAACGUACGCUUAUGAAGGAAAUGGAUCUGUUGCAGAGUCUCUCAGCUCUAUAGACUCCCUCACAACAGAGGCAGAUCAGGAUUAUGACUAUCUGAGUGACUGGGGACCUCGCUUUAAGAUCUUGGCAGAUAUGUUUGGAGAAGAAGGUUAUAACCCUGACAAAGUCACUUAAGUACAACUACAACAGUGAAACAAAAUGAAAAGCAAACCAACAACAAAUUUAAAAGAUAAACCUAAGCUUUAUAUACGACACAAUUACUUUGAUUAUAAAAGACAGCAAUUGUUUCCAGCAAGUUACUACAUUUAUCAUACCGUCAGCUUUGGUUUGAUUUGAGAAAGAAUGAUAAAUCCUGUAACAUACACAGGUUUUUGUUGUUGUUAUUUUGUUACUCUGGAAUUACACUGAGACAAGCUCAGGCCUACAAGGUGCAGUUUACUGACCUGACUUAGAAAGAAGGUAGCUUUCUGGCAUCAUGGUGGAAGAGUGGUAGCUUUUUCGUAAUUCCACUAAAGUGCCUAUUGAAACUUUUAUCAUUUAAGUGGUAAGCUGUCUGCUGUGAUGGUGUUACAAAACUGAAUGGUAAAUCAAACAUGAACUUUAAGACAAGAAGCAAUAGCAACAUGCUGACUUCUUUUAGAAAAAAAUGGAGAUCACUUCCUGGAGUAUCUAAUGACUAGAACUGUGCGGGAGGAGGGGGGUGUGUACAUUGUGUUUGGGGGUUAUAUUUGUUGUCUUUUUUUAAAGAAAAUAAUAUGUCAAGACAUCAUAUUUCCUCUCCCUAAGUUUCACUGAGAAUUUAAAUUUAAAAUGCUAUUGCUCACUUUGAAGAUGUAAAGCCCAAAUUAAAAAGGAAAAGAUCUUAACAUACAUCGGUGAAUAUUUAAAAUGUUCAUACAAAUACUACAUUUUUCCAAAAUAAUAAAAAGAUGAAAGCAGCUAUUCCUUGAUGUGAAGGAAAUUUCCCUUGUCUCUCCUGCUUCUUUUGAAAUGAGACUAUUAUUAGAACAUAAAAAUGGAGAGGGUUUUAAAAGAUUAUUACUGUAUUUUCAGUAAAAAGACACCUCUUCCAUUAUAAAUAUCACUAAAGAAAUACAUGUAAAUAACUCCACACCACUCUUCUUUGCAUUUAGAUUGUUACUCUGUAGUCACCAUAAGCAUAUAUGUUAUAAAUAUAGUUAUUUUUACAUUGAUGAUCUGCUGCAGUUCAGCAUAUUUCCAUAUUUCACUGCCACACCCACAGGAAACAUUUGAGAAAAACUUUUGAGGUUGGACAUUUUCUUAAUUUUGUUCUUGACAAAAUUUAAACAGAAGCAGAAUAAAUAUAUAAACCUGCAUUUUUGUUUACUCUUUAUGUACAUACGCAUGCCUAAAUGUAUCUGUGCAGAUGGCAGAAGUUCAGAUAUGCACAAGGCAUUACGUCCUGGAAAAUGUCUUGCAAAACUAUUUUAUGUGACUUUUUUCUGAUGAUCUAAGGCAUGGACAUUUUGUAAGACAAUGGUUUAUGGCUCCCAAAGUGCAUAUAUCCUUUUAUUCUCCUCCCAGAGUCUCUGCAGUGCUAUACAAUCUGUUUGAGCUCUACUCAUGAUUAAUGGCACUGCCAAGGUCAGCCUGAGUCUCUCUUGAACCAGAAGUCUUUUGUUCACCUCAGGUCUAUAGCUUACCUUUUGUACAGCUAAAGAAUUAAUAACUAUCAGAUAUACUUAGCUCACACAUCUGAUAUUAAUGUGCGUAAGUUUCCCUUUACCCUCUGGGGGAAAUGUAAAUGUAUUUCAACAUUAUAUAACUUAAUCUCUCAAUAAGACUUGGAAACACAUUAUAGAUGAGUUUUGGAUCAUUCAGUACAAUUGGACAGGGCUGCAUCAAAAGCACAAUUGGCAUAGCUUCUCCCAGCAGUGUGCUGAGGAAGAGACACAGCCAAUGGCAACAAGGAAAUGUUGUGUUUUUUAUUGUUUUCAGGAAAGUUAUCCUGCAUUUCCUAAAGACAGACUAAAUCAAUAAAAGCUCUCUCCUUAUGGGUCAGAACAGCAGAGGAAGUGAUGGAGCUCAUUUGAUGGCACAGAAGUUUUCAUGUGGAAGAUUGUUUUAAAUUUUCACACAUCUUGACAAUAUAUCAAAACCAACUUGAUACUGCACAAUGGGCCUAAAGCAGAACACUGGAUAAAAGAAGAAAUAUUUAUAUUUUCUAUUACUCACAACUGAGAUUUGAUUCAUACAAGAGUCACAACUAAUGAGCAAAGCUUCCUCAUGUAGCGUGUGCAUGGUAAUUCUUCCUACCCUGUUGUCACAACUAAAACAUACCUCUGACUCUGAUCAUUUUCAGAUGUGCAGUCUGAAAAUGCACAUCUGUAGCCACAUCUGCCUUGCUCUUAGCAACUGUGUUAGUCCUUUAUAUGCCUUUCACUAGUAAAAUCACCAUAAGUGAGACCAGUGUUUGACUUUUUUGACACCGUGAGGCAUGCUCACUCCCGAGGAAAUUCUCUGUAUUUGUAGCUCACACUGGCUGAACAGCAGUUGUCUUGAAUAGGUAGGCAUUUCUUUCUAAGCUGGACAGUCUAUAUGUGAGCCUGACUUCCAAAUUGAGUAGCCAGAAAACAUAAUCUUUAACAUGCUCUACACACAAUCUGUAUGUGACAGUGAGUGGAUGUAUGUUAAAUCAAUACCAAAAUUGAAUAUCAAGUGUAUAUUUUUGACAUUUAAGGUAUUUGUAGCUGAGAUGUUGCUAUCACAUAAUUAAUACACAUCCAGGAAGAUUUUAGAAAAAUAAUGCAAUUACUUACAAAAGUGCCCUAAAAAUAUAUAAUUAAAAUGUUCGAAGACCAUUUUUGAAAAGUGAUCAAACAUUUUUAACAUAAUAGGGGUAUUUUUGGUAAACAGUUCCGUAGAACUAAGAAAAUGAAUUGCUUUUCAUUUAUUCAUAGCUUGGCAUUCAGGAAACUUGUGUUUAAUUCCAUGUUCUUUCACUCCCUUUCUAGAAAAUAUUUGUCAGGUUUUUAACAUCUUAUUUUUUUAAUGAUAAUUAAAGAAACAUGAAAUUUACAAGAAUUAAAAUAGAUCAAGUCAUCUGAGAUGACAUGAAGUUAGUAGGAUUAGGGAGCCCCAGUGCACAUGUAAAUUGUAUCAGUUAAUUUCUUCUGGUUUUACACACUAUAUCUUAAAACAAACCUUGCAGAGUCAAGAUGUUGAAGUGGAUGUCUCUCUUACUGUCAAAAACGCAAAAACUGUCAGAGUGUCAAGAAGCUAAGAAAAUGUAUAAAAGGCACAGAAUUGAGAGAAUGUUUUUGUUUUAAUUUCCAAAAAUAGGGUACUAGUGCAUACACAUUUAGCAUCAUCUCAAAUGUCCCAUCAGUGCACCCCCUGCAAAUCACAACAUUCUGUAAAACACUUUCUGCAUAUGAAGUAAUUGAAAUACUUCACUGGCACAAAAAAAAAAAUCCACUUUUUAAGUCAAAUAUUUAUGACAUACACUAUUGGUGCUGAAAUAAAGCAUUCACCUAAGAGUGGAAGUAUCUAAGGAAAGCCAACUAUUAAACUUAAAGCAUAGAUGUACAGAAUUGAAGACAAAUGUAUAAUAGAACAUCUGAAAGGAAUUUCAGGGAAGAACGAAAAUCUUCCCUGCCCUCUCAAGGAAACUGAAAUUGUCAAUACUUAGGGAAGUUCAUACAAUUUCUCUGUGGAGGCAGAAUAUAAAAAAUUAUAAAUAUUUGGGUUUAAGACCUCUACCACGCAAAUCUGAAAUUACUGCUAUUCUUGUAACACAGAUCUGCAAAAAUGACAGUGAGUCAAAGAGCAAGGAUUUGGAAAGCAAUGGCAGUAGAUUAUGUCUUCUGCACAAAAAGAUAUGGUUGAAUAUUUUAUACUUUCAUUAUUUUUACUUAUUUUAUAUAUUGGCUAAAUUUCACUGUUAGAAAUACAAUCACAGUUACUACUGAUUUACUCUAGGUUUUGGAAACGGAGUUCAUUAUAAAGCAAAGACCAAUAAAUGACUCAAUAGUUUACUAAUAAUAUUGUUCUAGAGAUUGCCUUCAAAAUAUUCUUGCCUUGACAAUAAGAUUUCCAUAUCCUUAUUUUAUACUGCUAAAAAUUUGGUUCUGCAGAUGAUAUACUCAUAUUAGAUUUACCUCCAUCAUUGAUAUGAGAGUUAAGACUGUGUUGCUAUGGAAUGACAGAUCUCUACUGAAUGAAUACAGGAAUAAAAGGUAAUAAUUUGCUGGGUUAAAGGCAUAUAAUAUUACAUUAGUGACUGCAUUUUACUUGUUGAAAUUUGGGGUUGUACUGUUUUUGCAGUUAUAUUAUUAUUUUUAUUAUUAUGAAUGUUAUUAGCAAAGACAUUCAAAUCCUGUGUGUUUAAAAACAUAUUUGAUCUUUGAAAAACCUAAUGAAAGCAAAUAAUGAAAUGACCCCCAAUAAUAACUCUACUGAGGUGACAUUUAAGUGUGAAUGAAAAUCAAAUUUUAUAUUACACUCAUUCACAAACUUUUUGUAAUGGAAAAUCUAUAAUAACAAUAAUCCUUUUCUGUUCUUAUUUAAAUCAAGAAUCAGAUAAGUAGUCAGAAGACCAGCAGCCAUUGCUAUUUCGAGCAAAACUAAGAAAAGUACCUGGAGCUUUUUGGUGGGACUUUGGAAUGUUUUUUAACCUAUUUAUUUAAUUCAUAGGCUUCUUUUAUUCAACUUUAUUUUUCAACUAAAAUUCUCAGGUAAUUUUUUUUUUAAUCUUACUUUCAUGCCUGUUUUUCCAAACAAAUUGCUUCCCAGGACUCAGGGAAAUCUUGUCAAUGUGUAUAAGUACCUGAUGGAUGGAAGUAAACAAGGUGGAGCAAGGUGUUCCUAGUGGUGCCCAGUGACAGGACAAGUGUUAAUAAACUUAAAUUGAAAUGCAUGAAAUUCCAUUAAAAUGCAAGAAAAAGGGUGCUUUUAUUGUCAGGCUGUCAGAGAAGUUUUCAUGUAUCCAGCCUUGAAGAUCUUCAAAACCCAACUGGAUUUUUUCCCGAGAGACCUGCUGUAAUUGACCCUGCUAUAGGCAGGGAGGCUGGACUAGAUAAUCUCCAGAGGUAUCUUCCAUCCUCAUCCAUUUUAUGACUUGUGAUAAAAUCACACUUGGACUCCUUAGCUUGAGCAAGCUCAAUAGCACUCGGGGCCUAACUACAUAAGCAGAGUAGAACCAUAGAAUAACACAAUGGUUGGUGUUGGAAAGGGACCUUAAAAAUCUUAGUUCCAACCCCCUGACAUGGGCAGGGACCCCUCCCACUAGAUCAGGUUUCUCAAAGCUCCGUCCACAGUAAAUAUGAUUUGUUUCAGUGAGACAGCUGAGGUAGGAGUGAAGCAAUAGAAUAGCAAUGAGGAUAGGGUGGAGAGGGAUAAAUUAUUUACUGUAAUUUCCGGUUCAAGAUGUAAGGGGCAUCACAUGAAACAAGUAAAUGUAAGGGUGAAAUUAAAAAUAAAAACAGAUGUGGUUCUUCAUGUAAUGACUAGCUGAGAGAGUCAUGGAGGCUCAGACUUUAGACAGGUUGAAAAAGAGGCUUGACAAAAAUCCUGGAAAACUGAUAGUUUGUGGGUUGCUUAAUACACAGGAAUCAUAUCUGGCUGAGUGUCUUCUUGAAUGGCAUCUGGUAAGUCAUAUAACAUGGUUGGUUUCUUGGUUGUUUUGCAGGGAUCUCAGCUUCUGCCAGUGCUGGGUAAAGUUUACUACCCAAGUUUGACUGACGUAUUUUCCUAUUAUGAUUUUAUUGUAAAUUUACUUGAUCUUCAUAUCAACAUUCCUUCAGUUCUAAUUUUCCAGAUCACAUAGAUAAAAAGUUUUAUCCUAUUUAUUACAUACCAUAUGCUUAUAUGCAUGCAUAUUUUGUUAUUUCCCUCAGAUUUUAACCAUUGUAAUUUAUGUAUUUCCUUCAAUACUGCACACCUUAUAUAGACCUUACCCUUUUCUGUCUUUAACAGGGACACUAACACUGCUGUUAGGGUUGAUGACACAGUUUGGCUUAGUCUAUAUUAAAAAAAAAAAAUAAAAACAACCACAAAAAAAACCAUUGCUGCAUAAAGAAGAUAACCUCUACAAUACAUGUCCUCUUUUGCAUGUGUUUCAUUUGUUAGCUGUCUUGAAUACAUCCCCGUGUUCCAAGAACACCUGAAAAAGAGACAGGAAAAUGAAGUGACUGACUAGAAAUGGGGCCAGUAUUACUCCACUAUUCUAGAAUGCAGACUACUGCUCUCCUGCUAUGUGUUGUAAUGUUAGAAGGGAUUUAUUAUUUCAAAUGUUGAAUACUCUGCAUUUACACUCAAAUGUACGUUUUUCUAUUGUAUGCCUCCAUAAAAAAGGACAAUUCAAGAAGCAACACAAAAAGGUGUAUGGUGAGGAAAUUAAAUCAAAUUAAGAGGGGUCACAAAUAAAUAUGCCUUGAAAGCUUGUCUUAUAUUAUUUGGUCAUAUGGCUGCAGUAAAUAGUUAUAUUUUUAAUUUUGUCCUUGGAGCUCAUUUUGUCAGAGCAGCAAGUGAGGUCAGAGGAAACAUUUAAUAUUAUUCGAAUGCUCCCAUUGCCUUCAGCCCCUGCUGCUUUAGAUUGUUUGGGUUACAUUGAAAUUGCAUCUUUAUCCCCCUGUGUAUUCAUUAUGUUCCCAGUUGUCUGUCUUGCUGCGUAAAUGACUGCAGCUGAAGCUUCACACUACAAACAUGACCAAAAAGUAUAGGACACAGGAGGACAGGUGUAGAACUGUAGUUUGGGUUUGCAUAAGAUGUUUCAGAAUGAACAAACAUCAAAUUAAUGUUCUGCCAACUUACAUAGGCAAAAACCAGACAAUGAGUGUGAAAAAGAAAAAAAAAUUCCAGCUGCAAUAACAAAACCUGUACAGUAUUUUCUCCUGUUCUACCACAGCAUGUAAAAACACAUCCUCUCUGUUAAGGGAUGGAGACACAAAGAGUAGGAGAUGAAGGACUCUAGACUUGUUAUGUCCUCCUUUUUUUAUGGCUAUUUGUAUUUAGCAUCCUUUUGUAUCUAUAAAUAACAAGCUAACGUUUCUUAGCUCAAUUGUGGUUUUGGUCUUAAAUUAGGAAAAAUAUAUUCUAUGAAAUGAAGGAGAAUUCGUCAGUGACAAAUGAAACAGAAAUGCUUCAAAUACAGUAAAGCAAGAUAUUCAUCUUCAUUUCAUAAAAGGUGAAAUUUGAGCACAAAAAUUCAGUUCAUCUUUUUCAGGUUGGAAGAAUUUAACUCACCAAUGAAUGAUUAUUGCUUCUAGUAAUGCUAUCCCACAGUUGGUAAGUGCUACAUAUUUCUUUCUGGGACUAAUGUUUAUCAUUGCAAUUCUGUUUAUUUAAAUUAAAAUUUUAUAUCACA